GGUAGAUACCUAUUCUACUCCAGAGAACCCGGCCCAUGUCCCUACGCCUUGUGAACCACUCACUCGGCAUGAGCAGCCAGAUAAUAUCGGACGUACAUCGGACGGACAGCGUAUUUGAGUGCCAUCUCAUGCAAAAAGAAAAAAAUCUGCCGUCGAGCCAGCUCUUCAUAUAGCUGCCACAUCGUCGGAGAGCGGGGGGUGAUUAAUGCCUCGUAUAUGCGGAGCAGCUGUCGGCAGCAGCCAGCACUACUAUAAGAGCCGGCUAGGCAAGCAGCGAGCGCGCCGGGGGCGGGAGGAUUACUCGGGUACUUACAUACCGGUAGGUACGCACGCACUACCGACCGCCGCACUCCGCACUCCGUCCGCGCACCGUGACAUUCCAACGAAGCCGCAGUCGGCCACUCCGGUCUCCAGGGAAGGAAUGCGGCUCGUAUCGCUCGAUAACCCCCACUACGCGUCGAUACGGGACUGCCACAGCCCCGCCCCGCCCGUAUCCGUAUCCGUGUCCAUGUCCACCCGCGACGAUCGCAGCAAGUAUGAUACCAAGCAAGACCUGUGCUGCGGGCUGCGGCGGGCAGAGGACGUGGAGGCCACGGGUGCUGGUGCUGGUGCUGGUGCGGCGACGUCCGAACUCCGCACGGCAGUUCUGAGCGCGACGAGGGUGACGAGGGUGAUCCCCGAAUUGCGAGUUUUUGUUAUCCUCUCCGUCGCACUCCCUGGUCGGGAAUCGACGGAUGCGGAGGAAGGAACGAAGGAAGGAGUGUUUGCCGGGUACUUGGUCCCUCGCAGCUACUACUGCCGCUGCUGGUCGUGCUGGUCGUGCUGGUCGUGCUGGUUAUGGUAGUGGGACGCGCAUCGACACUGCCUACCUACUAUACUGUGGCCCUGUGGGAUUCCAUACAUAUGUACUCAGUACAUACGUAUGGAGAACGUAUGGAGAGGCGAUAUUAAGGGCUUCUCGUUCGCGUGGCUUCGACUUCACCUUCACCUUCACCUUCACCUUCAC